AUGAGUUUCCUAUGGAGAAGAUCUUGUAUUAACCCACGGUGGCUCGGCCUCUCUCUACCCUUCUGUCGUCUGCUGCACGUCGGCCAGCGAGCCUCCCUCACCAAAGCGUUCUCUGCCCGUGAUGUGCAGCUGUUCGCCGAGCUGACGGGCGACAACAACCCGCUCCACCUGGACCCCGUCUAUGCCAGCACCACCUCCUUCGAGAUGCCCAUUGUCCACGGUGUCCUCAUCAACGGUCUGAUCUCAGCCGUGCUCGGAACCAGGAUGCCGGGCCGCGGCUGCAUCUUCCUGUACCAGGAGAUCCGCUUCCCUGCACCACUCUACAUCGGAGAGGAGGUGCUGGCCGAGGCCGAGAUCAGCAAGAUCAAGAUGUCAUUCGCCUUCAUCGCAGUAACGUGCUCUGUGAAGGACAAGGUGGUGAUGGAAGGGGAGGUGAUGGUGAUGAUGCCUGAGGAGCAGCAGAAGAGGAAGGAGUGAGAGGAGGAUGAGGAUGAGGACCAUUAUGUUAUAUGCAAUGAAUACAAAAAAUCUCCCCUGCAGCACACAGUGCAGCUCGACUUCCUGAAAUAUUUUGGUUGGAGGAGCAUUACCGCAUGACAGAAUCUCCUGCCUAUUGUCUUUGUGCUGUAAUUUAUGUUUAAUUUGUUCAUCAUGCGCACAACAGGAAAUGCAUUUGAAUAGAGCAGCUAGAAGACAGGCGCAUGUCACUUGAUUUUGUUUUUUUAGAUGUUAAAUCUGCUCUUUAUUUUGUUUAAUGUGUGAGAUAUUUUGUGUGGAAUAAAAACUAAGUCUUUUUUUUUAAACUA